AUGUCACUUUCUACCACGAUAACACCUCGUCUAACGCUAUCUCACGCUAUCACUUCGCUACCCACAUCGGAGUACUUUGGCGCCCUUGGUCCCAGGGCCAUGAGCUUAGCUGCAUACCGCCGCCUUUUCCGUCUUCGCCAUCUUGUGGAAAACCAUGAUUAUACGACUAUAUUACGGCGCCGCUUCACUCGCAUAGACUUCAAUAUUCGCCGGCAAAAAGUUCUCGGGGUGCUUCUGCCACUUUCGCAUCAGGAUAUGACCACUCGCCUUGCCAACACUGUGGCAUUUAUCUUCAACAGCACAUGCCAUUCCAAAGACGAAAGACUGCCAGUCUAUUUCUACGACGAUCUCGUCCGCGAGACUCGUCCGCGUCUUGAACGAGAAAUCCUAUCCACUAUACUUAAUAUGGAUCGGCAGAUGCCCCCAACGCUAAAAUAUGACUAUUCUUAUGAUUGGGUCGAUGAUGUGAAGCUGUUCUACGCAGAGGUUGGUUCUGGACCGGACCGUCGAAAUAUCAACAGGCUUUUCAAAAAGCAGCAGGCCCCCUACUUGGGCUUUCUUCAGUAUGAACAAUGCGUGAUGCUGUUGAACGAGUCUAUGAACUUAUGUAUUUAA